AUGGAUAAAUAUACCCACAUCUCAAACAAAUAUCUCGUCGCUCCUCUCUUCUCCCCCAUCAUUCCUCACUUCCAUCAUCUCUCUCAGCCAAUCUCUUAUUACCGUUUUCAAUUGAUCCUCACAAUGUUUUCUCUCCGCCGCCUCGCUCUUCGCGCUGCACGUCAGACUUCAAUUGCAAGCAGCGCUCGUCCUUUGUCGACGGCGUUUAAGCCUAGCACCUUCACUAUUUCGAGCAGUCGUCCAAAGAACCUCUCUGAACUCCGUUCAUUCGAGUCGCUCUUGCAAAUUCGCUAUAACUCAACAGAUGCCCCAAUCGACACUCCAAGCCAGUUCACUAACCCCGCACACAAGAGCACUGAGGGUGCUGAUUUGACCCCCGCUAAGACUGUCUACGUUGGAAACGUCCAGUUCGAUGCCACUCCCGAGACUCUUGGUGAAGAGUUCAAGAGAUUUGGAGAAGUUAGAGGAGCGAAGAUUAUCUAUGAUUCAAGAGGUCUAAGCAAAGGAUUUGGAUAUGUUGAGUUCGCUGAAGUUGAGCAGGCUGCUGAAGCCAUUGACAAGAUGCACAACGAGAUGUUUAUGGGUCGUCGCUUGAUCGUUCAAUACGUUGUCAAGCAAGCGUCGCGCAUUGCUGCUAGCCCAGAGUCCAGGACUUUGUUCAUCGGAAACUUGAGCUUCGAUGUGACUGAUGAUGAUCUCAACAAUCUUUUCAAGGAUAUUGAGAACUGCGUUGAUGUGCGUGUCGCUAUGGACCGUGCCACUGGUGAGCCUCGUGGGUUUGCCCAUGCCGACUUCCUUGAUGUCGAGUCUGCUGUCAAGGCCAAGGAGAAGCUUGCCGAUGCUGAGGUGUACGGACGACGCCUUCGUAUCGAUUUCUCAGGUAACAGGCGAGAGGGUGGUUUCAACCGUGGUCGUCGUGAUGACCGUCAAGGAGGUCGCUCCGAAUAUCAACAACGUGAUCGCCAACAGGGACAGUUUGCCAACCACCGAUCCUACACUCCUAGAUCAGAGGUCCCUGAAUAA